AUGUCCGGCGUCAGGGAGUAUGACACAUACAUUAUGUGCAAGAAAGAUUGCACCGACUUGUGGGGGUUCUCAUCAGUUCAGAAGUGCACGGCUGCAAUGCGUUGUUUUGCAUACGGAGCACCCCCAGAUGUAGGUGAUGAUUAUAUGUGCAUGAUAGAGUCGACAUGCUUCGAGACUGCUCAUAUAUUUUGCAGGGCAGUGAUUGCAGUGUUUGAGUCAGACUAUUUAAGGGCACCAAAUAAAGAAGCUUUCUUCGACAUAGGAGGAACUCACAACGAUAUCAACAUCUCGCAGGGCUCUCCUAUGUUUUCAAGUCUAGAUGAGGGACAUGCUCUACUGGUCAACUUCGAGAUCAACAGCCAUGCAUACAACAAGGGAUACUAUCUAGAAGCAUGUCGCAAGGAUGUAGAGCGGGCAUUUGGCGUGCUCCAACUGCGUUUUGCCAUUGUUCGGUACCCUUCUCUCACCUGGUCGGAGUCUCAAAUGUGGGAAGGACCUCUUGUUCAGGUUGAGCAGGUACCGGCCCAGUUUCCUGCUUUCCUCCGGAUGCAUGAAGAAAUCUAA